UAAACGACAUUAGUAUAAUAAAGCACUAACUGGCACUACUUUUAUCCAUGCGUAGUAAUACACUGUUGAAUGCCUCACGCAGAGCGAGCAGGUGUAUGACGCAAAACGUUGCAUUCAACGAGGUGAAAUCCAAGUCUAUCAUUCUGGAAUUUCGCACAACUUACAACCAUGUAUUUGAUCAAAUUAUGGUAAAUGCAUUCGGUUACUGCUCUGAGAAGAAAAAGAAACAAUCGAUAUUGAGAGGACUCGGAAGCGUGUUUAAAAACGUAUUUACAGCAUGACGGUAAAGUCCUGGUGAUAUCUGUUAACCUGCAUUUGGCCACAGUUUAAAUUCCCUGAAGCUAGCCUCCGCGCAGACAGACAACCAGCAUGUCAGGGAGGUACACCCCUGCCCCAGGAGGGCCCUUCUCAGCGCUCACCCCCAGCAUGUGGCCGCAGGACAUUCUGGCCAAGUACCACCAGAAAGACCCUGCAUUGGAGUCGGAGGUUCAGUAUGAUGAGUUUGGAUUCAGGAUCGAUACUGAAGACGGCCUGGAGGCCCAUGAGUGGCUGCGUGGGGAGGGCGCCCCCCAGCGCGAGGACCCCCAGCAGAGGCUGCGCUGGCAGGCCUACCUGGAGUUCACCCACAACCACGCAGUGGGAGACCUGACCUGGGACGGCAUCUCGCCCUGCCUGCCCCGCACUGACCGCCUGCGCUCGCUGGUCCUGGCCGGCAUCCCCCACUCCAUGAGGCCGCAGCUUUGGAUGCGGCUGUCGGGGGCACUGCAGAAGAAGCGGACGUCUGAGAUGUCCUACAAAGAGCUCGUCAAGAACAGCACCACCGACGACACCACAGCAGCUAAACAGAUCGAGAAGGACCUGUUGCGGACGAUGCCCACCAACGCUUGUUUCAGCAGCCUGACGAGUGUGGGGGUGCCCAGGCUGAGGAGGGUGCUGCGGGGCCUGGCGUGGCUCUACCCCGACAUCGGCUACUGCCAGGGCACGGGCAUGGUGGUGUCGUGCCUGCUGCUCUUCAUGGAGGAGGAGGACGCUCUGUGGAUGAUGUGCGCGCUGAUCGAGGACCUGCUGCCCCCCUCCUACUUCUCCUCCACGCUGCUGGGCGUGCAGACGGACCAGCGCGUGCUGCGGCAGCUCAUCGUCCAGUACCUGCCCCGCCUCGACCGCCUGCUGCAGGAGCACGACAUCGAGCUGUCCCUGAUCACUCUGCACUGGUUCCUGACGUCCUUCGCCAGCGUGGUGGACAUCCGCAUCCUGCUGCGGAUCUGGGACCUGCACUUCUACGAGGGCUCCGUCGUGCUCUUCCAGGUCACACUGGGCAUGCUCAAGAUCAAGGAGGAAGAGCUGGUGUCGUCGGAGAACUCGGCGUCCAUCUUCAACACGCUGUCGGACCUGCCCAGCCAGCUGGAGGACGGCGCGGCCGUGCUGGGUGAGGCGGUGCGCCUGGCCGGCUCGCUCUCGCAGGAGCACCUGGACGCGCAGCGCCGCAAGCACCUGGCCUACAUCCUGGCCGAGCAGGCGCAGCUCAACUCCAACAACAGCCACCACCCGCACACCAACCUCAACGCGCACCUCAACAAGGUGGUGCGGCGCCAGAGCCUGCGCAGGAAGUCGACGCUGAGCACGCUGCUGUGGGGCGAGGACGACGCGGAGGCGCUCAAGGCCAAGAACAUCAAGCAGACGGAGCUGGUGGCGGCGCUACGGGAGGCCAUCAACCGCACCGCCGAGCACUUCCACUGCCUGGACCCCCGCAACUGCAGCACGGAUCUCACUCCCGACUACUCCAUGGAGAGCCACCAGAGGGACCACGAGAACUUCCUGGUGGUGUCGCGGAACCGCCGCCGGCGGGCCAAGGCCCUGCUGGACUUCGAGCGCCACGACGACGACGAGCUGGGCUUCCGCAAGAACGACAUCAUCACCAUCGUGUCCCAGAAAGACGAGCACUGCUGUGGAGAGCUCAACGGCCUGCGAGGUUGGUUUCCUGCCAAGUUUGUGGAGAUCCUUGAUGAACGGAGUAAAGAGUACUCCAUGGCAGGGGACGACUCGGUGACAGAAGCCAUCACAGAUCUGGAGGGGACGCUGUGCCCGGCCCUCAAGGACAUCUUCGCACACGGCCUGAAGAAAACGUCCAUACUGGGGGGGCCGUGCCACCCAUGGCUCUUCAUAGAGGAGGCUGCUAGCAGAGAAGUGGAGAGAGAUUUCAACUCUGUCUACUCCAGACUGGUGCUGUGCAAGACCUACAGGCUGGAUGAGGAUGGGAAGGUGCUGACCCCCGAGGAGCUGCUCUACAGGGCAGUGCAGUCUGUAAACAUGAGUCACGACACGGCGCACGCACAGAUGGACGUUAAGUUCGCCUCACUAAUCUGCGUGGGCCUGAAUGAGCAGGUGCUGCACCUGUGGCUAGAGGUGCUGUGCUCCAGCAUCGCGGCGGUGGAGAAGUGGUACCAGCCCUGGUCCUUCCUGCGCAGCCCUGGCUGGGUGCAGAUCAAGUGUGAACUCCGGGUUCUCUCCAAGUUUGCGUUCAGUCUCUCUCAAGACUGUGAGCUGCCUGCUAAGAAAGAGGAGAAGGAGCAGAAACCUUUGAAGGAGGGCGUGCAGGACAUGCUGGUGAAGCACCAUCUCUUCAGCUGGGACAUCGACGGCUAACACGCCCCAGUCAAUCACAAACCCACACACACACACACACUCACACACACUCACUCUCUCUCUCACACACACACACAUACACAGAGGCCCGUCCACCCACACGCUUACCUCCCUCUUCACCUGCACUCAAGAGCAGCAUCAUUUAGCAGUCUCGUACGUCAUCUGGAUAGGCACCUGUGCAUCGCAGCCACUCGGCCUCAGUUGCUGUGAAAUGAUGUCACUUAAGUAUUUAAGGAGGCGCAGGUUGCAGGGGUGGUCUGCAACAACCUUUAACGCGCCUUGAAAAUGAAUCGUUGCCCUUGCGCCUUACUCUCAAGAAGACUGUAGUCUUUUGAAGAAGGAAAAAAAAAAGAGAACUAGGUUGUUGAAACUGGCAUGAAUCUGGCAAUCUGUCAUGGCGCCAUCUCCUGGCAGGAAAGCCACACGUCAACAAGGCCCUCUCAAGCAUUUCCAGUGCAGUAUACCUAACGACUACUACAGUACGCAGUAGAAGAAGGGCUGUGUUUUACCUCCGUUUCUACUGAAUAGAAUGCUAGCGAUCCAUCGCUAACUAUGCAGCAAGGGGAGUCGCAUCUCAUGGCUGAACUAAGGCACUUCCGUUCUCUCUUGGCUGUCCAUCGACCACAAACCUGAAGAUGAAAGGUUCAUCUGUGCAUGAGAGUUGUCCGUCUCUCUGUCCACUUGGCACUGUAAUGUUUUUGACCACAGUGAAGGACUCAUUAAUAGGUCAAUGUCAACGUUCUCCUGAAUAAGGAGAACUUUGUGAAGAUACUGAAAGAUGCUUAAGCGAUGUUCAUUUGUACGUUCUGGUAUCACUGAUGAAAUAUCACUGUGGAUCUAGUCUCCUUCCAUAUCUGUUCUAAAUGGCUUUACCACUAUCUUCCCUUGAAUUGUGUAAAAUAUGUAAUUAUUAUUAUUUUUUUUUUUUGUAAAUGUAGUGGACUCAUGAUCCAAGUUACAUAAUGUGGUUUACAAGGGCCAUUUUGCUUGCAGGCGUCACUAACGAGUAAAAGAAAGGUCAUUUUUCGCUUCAUUGUGGACCCCAGGUCAGCCAUUGUGAUUGGUUGUUUGCCCAUUAUAUGCCUUGAAUAGGGGGGGGCUAGCGGUCACCAGUAUCGGCAGUUCAGUCAUCCAACGCUUAAACACUAAAUCACCUGGACCAGGGAUUAAUGACCAGCCGGAACCGGACCAGCCCGGGGCAUCCCAAAUUGGGUCAGGACUGACCCUCCUUUCACUGCAAGUGUUAUUGUAGUGGACUUUGGCCUCCUGUUGUAUUGGUUGACCAGGACCACAUGAACCUGCAGGGCUCUUGAUUGUAUCCUACUGUAUGUAGAUGUACUAUAAUUCAGAUCUAUACAUGAGUGAGGAAAUAAAACUCCAACUUUCAAAACAGUA